AUGGCUCUGGCUGGCGGUCCGUUCCACAAUGAUUGUGCACAGAUGUCAGGCCAGUCCGCCGCCUGUCUGGGAAACGCUGCUUCAGAACUGCUGACGGUUGGCAUGUCAGCGGAGGCCUUUCAACAGACACCAAUUACUGCCACCACGCGGCGGCGUGUUCUCGCCACGCGCCAACUGAAUGUAUCCGAAUUCGCCUCCAGCCUGCCCACACAGAACAACCUCAAAAUCUCCCUCAGGCUGGCCUCCAAGAAGGUGACCUCUGUUGUGCUGAUUCUCACCCUGCACGGUCUGAUGCUGAGAACUGGCGAGGCCACGUAA